AUGGGGAAGAAACUCGUCAAGUAUGCUGUGGUGGACGCGUUCACCGGAUCGCCGUUCAAGGGGAAUCCUGCGGCGGUUUGUUUUCUGGAGGAUGAGAGAGACGAUCGGUGGUUGCAGGCCGUCGCGGCCGAGUUCAACCUCUCUGAGACCUGUUACUUGAGUCGGAUCUCAGACUCCGAGUCGAACUCAGCUACAACCCCUCGCUUCCGGCUCAGAUGGUUCACUCCUGUCGCAGAGGUUGAUCUUUGUGGUCAUGCAACUUUAGCAGCUGCACAUUUUCUGUUCACAUUUGGUUGGGUGAAUGCCAAUGCUAUCGAGUUUCUGACGCUAUCAGGUGUUUUGACUGCAAAAAGAGUUCCAGAUGCAGAAGAAUCAACUCCCUUGGGCUUGGAGAGUGGUGAAGCACAAGAUGGCUUUACCUUUGAAUUGGAUUUUCCAGUAGUUCCGGUAACCGAAUUUGACUCUGUUCAGGUUCCUUCAGUUUCUGAAGCCUUGAGUGGCGCUUCUGUUGUGGACAUAAAGAAAACCACUGCUGGGGACCUAUUUGUUGUGCUUCCGUCAGGAAAAGAUGUUGCAGAUCUACAGCCCCAGUUUGAUGAAAUUGAAAAAUGUCCUGGAUCGGCAAUACUUGUUACGGGGGUUGCUCCCCCUGGAUCUGGAUUUGACUUUUAUAGUCGUUACUUUGCUCCAAAAUUUGGGAUCAAGGAGGAUCCUGUUACUGGGAGUGCCCACUGUGCCCUAGCAGCCUAUUGGUCCAAAAAGCUGGGAAAAUGUGAUUUUGUUGCAUAUCAAGCAUCGGCUAGAGGAGGCAUAAUAUACGUCCGUUUGGAAGAAAAGAGCCAGAGAGUACUGCUUCGUGGGAAAGCCGUCACUGUAAUGGAAGGCUCUCUGUUGGUUUGA